AUGGAAUUUGUGGAGUCCAUGACGGGGUUCUCUCUGGAGGUGUUGAUCUCGAAGAUCGCUUCGCUUGGUAUCGUUGGCGGCUCUCUAGUCGGCCGGUGCCCCCAGAUCAAGCUGAUCUGGGAGAGCAGGUCGGCUGAAGGCAUUUCGUUUCUUGGUUUGUGGACUGAAGCUUAUACUCUUGGCGUCACGUUCGCGUACAACCUGGUGCUCGGCACACCGAUCACGACGUAUGGGGAGAUCCCUAUCAUCUUCACGCAGAUGUUGGUCGAAGAUAUGCACAUCCGUUGCCUCAGCCUUAUCAAUUUCAGCCUCUGCGCGAUCAUCCUGUCGCAAUUCUUCAUCUUCGGCACCUGGCGUAACGGUGGUGAUGAAUUGGCUGGUAAAGUGCACAAGCCCGACUAA